AUGUUGGGCAGGGCCAAGCAGAACUAUGCCGCGAGGCCUGCGCCCCCGCCCGUGAAGCCCGACCUCAAGAAGGACCCCUUCCCCUCCAGCAGCCCCUCCUACCGCGAUGUCAGCAUUGCCGACUUCACCAAGAAGAAUCGCCCCACCAAUCCGUCGACUGCGAGGUUUGGGUCUUCCAAGGCAGAUCUCCAUCCCCUCAAGCCCAGGUCCGACAAUGCCGCCCCGCGACCCUCCAGCACCAACACCUCGUCGGUAACCAGCUACGUCAAGCCCACCCAGGGCUUCUCGUCUCUGUACAGCCAGUCCGACUCCUUCAAGGAGGAGCCCGUCUCUGUGUCCUCCAGCGCGGCGAACAGCACCACGGCCAAGACGGCUGCUCCUGUCUAUAUCGCCGAGGACGACUUCAGCGAUGACGAGGCCUUGGAGUUGGACUAUGAAUGCCCGGCCUCCCUCCCCGUGGCCCCGGCGGAGCCAAAAGCAGGGAAAACGCCCUGCAUAUCCUUACUCGACUCACCACCUGCGCGCAAUUUUGAUCCCUCUCCAAUGUCAUCUUCGAGGCCUAUACCAUGGACUUCGUCUCCUCUGGAACAUCACUACCCCCCUCGACCUAUGGCGCAGCCACCUCCAAAGCGCGCCUCGACCGAUGACGUGAAGCCUGCCGUCGUCACAGCCGCCAAAAAGCGCAAAAUGCCCGAUGGCUGGAGCAAAUCUGUCAAGGACGAAGAUGCCUUUCAAAGAGAACCUACCGCCAGGAGGACGAGACCGCCCAAGGAUGAGCCCGAGGUGGUGGACUUGUUCGCUACGCACAGUUUCUCUUCUACAUCCACUCCCGCGCCAAAAUCGAAGAAUGUUCCCUGGGACACCACGUACAGUGCAAUGAAGGAGAAGAAGAAACAGCUCAAGAACCAAAGCAAGAAGACAGAGGUGCCGACCGAAUACUCUAUGGAAGAUAUACGAGCCGCCACUGGAGGUCAUGCCAAGGCAACGCAUACCGCCAUGUCGUUGAGCGCCGAGCAGGAACAUGUCAAGAGGCUUGUUGUCGAGGAGGGCCAGAGCGUCUUCUUCACCGGCCCCGCAGGUACCGGUAAAUCUGUCUUGAUGCGCGCCAUCAUUGAGGCUCUGAAGAAGAAAUGGGCCCGUGACCCCGAGAGGGUCAGUAUUACUGCAUCUACGGGACUGGCCGCCUGCAAUAUCGGCGGCAUGACUUUGCAUAGUUUUGCUGGCAUCGGCCUCGGCAAGGAGGAGGUACCAGACCUGGUCCGAAAGAUCCGCAGGAAUCCAAAGGCGAAGAACAGGUGGCUCAGAACCAAGGUCCUCAUCGUCGAUGAAGUCUCCAUGGUUGACGGUGACCUAUUCGACAAGCUAGCAAAUAUUGCCCGGACGAUACGCAACAACGGUCGACCGUGGGGAGGUAUCCAGCUCGUCAUCACGGGCGAUUUCUUUCAGCUUCCUCCCGUCCCGGAUAGGAACAAGCGAGACACAAAGUUUGCUUUUGAUGCUGCCACCUGGACCACCUCUAUCGAUCACACCAUCGGGUUAACGCAGGUUUUCCGUCAACGUGACCACGAUUUCGCUAAUAUUCUGAACGAGAUGCGCAUGGGCCGGGUCAGCGAACAGACAGUCCAGACGUUCAGGGCUCUUUCUCGGCCACUACACUUCGACGAUGGGCUGACUGCGACGGAACUCUUCCCAACGCGCCAAGAAGUUGAGCGCUCAAACGAGAUGAGACUCCGCAACCUCCCGGGCAAUGGUGUGCAUUUCGCGGCUUCGGACUCUGGAGACCCUGCCAUCAGAGACAGACUCCUAGAAAACAUGAUGGCUCCCAAGUCGAUCGAGCUCAAGAAGGGUGCCCAAGUCAUGUGCAUCAAGAACAUGGACGAGACACUCGUCAACGGGUCCCUGGGCAUAGUCAAGAGCUUCAUGUGCGAGGCGGCCUUCGACCGCUACCGGGAGAAGGAGGGAGACGAGGGAGACGACCUCGGCGACGCCGCCCUCGCCAAGAGCAAGAUCCGGUCCUUCACCAAGGACCUCAACCUGACCAAGGACCUGACCGAGUGGCCCGUGGUCCAGUUCACCUGCAGCGACGGCAGCCACCGCAUCAUGCUCAUCCAGCAGGAGGAGUGGAAGGUGGAGCUCCCCAACGGCGAGGUGCAGGCCAAGCGCGCGGCGCUGCCCCUCAUCCUCGCCUGGGCCCUGUCCAUCCACAAGGCCCAGGGCCAGACGCUCGAGCGCGUCAAGGUCGACCUCGGCAAGGUCUUCGAGAAGGGCCAGGCCUACGUCGCCCUCAGCCGCGCCACCACCAAGGAGGGCCUGCAGGUCCUGCGCUUCGACAAGUCCAAAGUCAUGGCCCACCCGCGCGUCAUCCAGUUCUACAACCAGCUGUACAGCGCCGAGGCCGCCGUCAAGAAGAAGCCCGCGCCCAACACGGUCGCCGACUUCGCCAAGAAGGGCAGGCUCCAGUCCUUUGUCCGCAAGGCCGUCGAUGUCAUCGACCUCGACGACGACGAGGAGGCCAUGGCCGCCUAUGGCUGA